AUGUCUAGUACAGAUUACGACAAAUCCACUGCUAGCGCGAGCGACAAGGAUUCUCAGAUGCUUGAAGUCCACGAAGAGAAAACCUCAGAUGAGCCUCUUCCCUCGCCAGCUACUGCGUCCCUUCCCCGACCCAAGGCGAAGCUCUCCGCAGCAACCAUCAUCCCUAUCUGGAUCGUGCUCAGUUCUUCCGUGAUUAUUUACAAUAACUAUGUGUACAACACACUAGAGUUCCGCUUCCCAGUCUUCCUGGUGACAUGGCAUCUGACAUUCGCGGCAAUUGGAACGCGUGUACUACAACGGACGACCCACUUACUUGACGGCGCAAAGGACAUCCACAUGUCUAAGGAGAUGUUUGCCCGCUCGAUCCUCCCUAUCGGCUUCCUGUUCAGCGCAUCCCUUAUUCUCAGCAACACAGCGUAUCUCUACCUCAGUGUUGCUUACAUUCAGAUGCUGAAGGCUUUCACUCCAGUAGCAAUUCUGCUCAUCUCAUGGACGUUCCGGAUUCAAGAUCCUAACAAAAGGUUGGCAUUGAUUGUGAUGAUGAUUUCAUGCGGUGUCGCCCUCACUUCCCAUGGCGAAUUGCAUUUCAAUAUGGUUGGAUUCCUCACACAGGCGGCAGCUGUUGGGUUUGAAGCAUCUCGACUGGUUAUGAUUCAAAUUCUGUUGCACGGUCUCAAAAUGGAUCCACUCGUCUCGCUGCACUACUAUGCACCGGUCUGUGCCCUGAUCAAUCUCGCUGUAAUUCCCUUCACAGAAGGUCUUGCGCCCUUCCACGAGAUAAUGCGUGCGGGCCCACUCAUUCUGCUCAGUAAUGCAUGUGUGGCAUUCCUUCUUAACGUUGCUGCGGUGUUCUUGGUCGGCGCUGGCAGUGGGCUUGUACUUACCCUCGCCGGCGUGUUUAAGGACAUCCUGCUCAUCACAGGUUCGGUCCUUGCCUUCGGCGCGCCUAUUACGCCACUACAAGUUGUCGGUUACUCCAUCGCUCUGGCUGGCCUUGUUUUAUUCAAGACUUCUGGGGGCAAAUAG